GCCAAUGUUGGAAAGGCUUGUGUCAAGCUUGCAGACCUUCUCGCACAAUCCUGUGCAGUGUCCCUCUGAUCGCUGCAUGGAGUUGGUAUCUGACUUCAAGGAGGUCCAGGCUGGUAUGCGGCGACAUGAAGUACAACUGGCCGAAGAAGCAUUGCGGAAGUUUCUUUGGGCAAAGGCUGACCACUUUCUCCAAAUGGAAGAGUCAGACAUCAAAGAUGUUGUCAGGUCAAAAGACGUCCAGCCUGUGUUGCAAGGGCUUGAAAUCUUCAAGAGCAACCCGCAAGAAUUUGAGCUUGCUGGCAACCUUCGUUCAUGGAUGACGAAACUGGCCGGGUCAAUGGCAGCCGCAGAUCUGAUGGACUUUGCUGUGGAGUCCGAGAAAAGUGAGGUGGCUGACCUUGAUGCCCUUGGGACGCUUCUGGCCAAAUGUCCACGCCUUCGAAUUCCCUCUGAGGAUUUGGCCAGCGUGGUGAAAGUUGCCUCAUUGACUGGCAUUGGCAGCAGCCUCUGCAGCCGUAG